GUCUUCUCUCCACUUCCCCCUUUUUAUCAUACACCCUCAACACUAUCCUACGCACCACCUCCUUCUUCCUCAUCUCCGUCUCAAUCAUGGGAAAAGGCGGAGCCCUAAGCGAUGGAGUCAUCAAGAAGAUCAUCCUCUCCUACACCUACGUGGCGAUCUGGAUCUUCCUCAGCUUCACAGUCAUCGUGUACAACAAAUACAUCCUCGACAAGAAGAUGUACAACUGGCCAUUCCCAAUCACACUCACCAUGAUCCACAUGGCCUUCUGCUCCUCCCUCGCCGUCCUCCUCAUCAAAGUCUUCAAAGUCGUCGAUCCCGUCUCCAUGUCCCGCGACACUUACCUCAGAUCCGUCGUCCCGAUCGGCGCGUUGUACUCACUCUCCCUCUGGCUAUCCAACUCCGCCUACAUCUACCUCUCCGUCUCCUUCAUCCAGAUGCUCAAGGCCUUGAUGCCUGUCGCCGUUUACUCGAUCGGGGUUCUGUUGAAGAAGGAGUCGUUCAGAUCUGAGACGAUGACGAAUAUGCUCUCGAUCUCGUUCGGAGUCGCGAUCGCUGCUUACGGAGAGGCGAAGUUCGAUACGUGGGGUGUGAUGUUGCAGCUUGGUGCCGUUGCGUUCGAGGCGACGAGAUUGGUUUUGAUUCAGAUCUUGCUUACGUCGAAAGGGAUUAAUCUUAAUCCGAUUACUUCUUUGUAUUACGUGGCGCCGUGUUGUUUGGGGUUUUUGUUUUUCCCGUGGAUAUUCGUCGAGUUGCCGAUUCUUAGGGAGACUUCGAGUUUUCAUUUCGAUUUCGUUGUGUUUGGGACGAACUCUGUGUGUGCGUUCGCGUUGAAUCUCGCGGUGUUUCUGCUUGUGGGGAAGACGUCUGCGUUGACGAUGAAUGUGGCGGGUGUGGUUAAGGAUUGGCUUUUGAUUGCGUUCUCGUGGUCUGUGAUUAAGGAUACGGUGACUCCGAUUAAUUUGUUUGGGUACGGGGUUGCGUUUUUGGGGGUUGCGUAUUACAAUCAUUGCAAGUUGCAGGCGUUGAAGGCUAAGGAUGCUCAGAAGAAGGUUCAGCAGAGUGAUGAGGAAGCUGCUGGGAAGCUUUUGGAAGUUAGGGAAGGUGAAGCUGGUAAACGUGAUGAAGCUGAAGACUGAUUUGAUGAGGAUCAGUAUGGAUCUGAUUGAUGUGUGAAAGUAGUGGAAUAAGAGCUGAAGGGGAGGGAUGUUAGGAUGAUUUUGGUAGCUUGGAAGGGGAGUUUUCAGCAGGGUUUUGCGCAUCUUUCGGGUUCAUUACUAUCAUCUUUGUCUUUUAGGUAUGGUUCAUUCUCUGUUCGUUGAGUUUUUUUUUAGUUGCUAUGUUAUUUACCUAAGUUAUGGGUUUAAUUACUAUUUGAUGGGAACAAUGUCUUUACAGUAUUUUACCACACGAACCUUUGUGUUCUAUGGAUCUCUUUGUUAUUUCUUCUUUAUGAGUAUGUGUUGUUGACAGUUGUUUUAAGGAGUUUACUUUAUAAUCAUGUUUGGUUCUUUGUUUAUUGUCAAGCUUGGUGGUGUAGAACAUGAAACUGACCCGUUAGUGUCAGGAGGCAUGUUAAAAGUUAAUCAUAA